AUGAUUCAACAGUCAAUCUAUUUUCGAAAUUUUAUUCUCAUCACAUUUCUUAUUGUACUUACUUCUUGUCAAGACUACAACGAGUUAAUCGAAAAUGAAAAACAUCAUAAUACAGAUGAAAUGUUGGCUGUACUUGAUCGUAUACAUCAGCGAUGUUCUGAUAUAACCCAUAUAUAUGAUUUACCAUUAAAAUCUGUUGAAAAUCGUCCAUUACGUGUUAUUGUUUUUUCUGAUCAUCCAAAAUAUCAUGAAUUACUUGAACCAGAAUUUAAAUAUGUUGGAAAUAUGCAUGGAAAUGAAGUUACUGGUCGAGAAUUGUUAUUGAGAUUAGCUGAAUAUCUUUGUCAAGAAUAUAGAAAUGAUAAUGAAGAAAUUAAAAAUUUAAUUGAAAAUACACGUAUACAUCUUUUGCCAUCAAUGAAUCCUGAUGGUUGGGAAGCUGCUGUUCAAUAUGCAUGGAAUCACACCAAAUCUGGACAAUUCAAAGAUAUUUCAACAAUGUUAAAAGAAUCUGGUACAACAGAUUGGAUAGCUGGUCGAUCAAAUGCAAAUAAUAUUGAUUUAAAUAGAAACUUUCCUAAUUUAGAUGAAUUUAUGUAUGAAUAUAAACAUAAUGCUAAUUAUAGAAAUAAUCAUCUUGACAUUGAAGCAUUUCUUUCAUUACUAGUAGGAAAUGAUUGUCAAAAUAAUUCGUAUCAAAUUGAAACAUUAGCAGCUACUUUUUGGAUUUUGAAAAAACCAUUUGUAUUAUCAGCUAAUUUACAUAAUGGUGCACUUGUUGCCAAUUAUCCAUAUGAUGAUUCAGAGAAUCAUCGACGAAUGUAUUCAUCAUCACCCGAUGAUCCAUUAUUUCAACUAUUAGCAGAAUCAUAUUCAUCUACUCAUAAAACAAUGCAAUCACAGCAAAAGUCUUGUGACACUGACGUUUUUCCUGAAGGAAUUACAAAUGGUGCAGCAUGGUACCCAGUAUGUGGUGGAAUGCAAGAUUUUAAUUAUUUAGCAAGUAAUUGUUUUGAAUUAACAUUUGAACUUGGUUGCAAAAAAUUUCCACCAGGCAAAGAAUUACCUUCACUGUGGAAUGAUAACAAAAAAUCACUAAUAAAUUUUAUGUGGCAGACUCAUUUGGGUAUUAAAGGACUUAUUCUAAAUGAAGAAGAUGAUAUGAUUUAUGAUGCAACUAUUAAAGUCAAUCGAUUGAUUAAUAACGAUUGGGAAUAUAUCGAUCAUGAUGUUACAUCAAACAUAGAAGGUGAUUAUUAUCGUUUACUUAUUGAUGGUACGUAUGCAAUUCAAGUUAUAAGUCCAGGUUAUGAAAUCCAAACUCAAUAUGUUCAUGUUCAUAACAAACCAAAUCAAAAAAAUCUUCAAUAUCAUCGAUGUACAUGUAGUUUAACACAUGGAUAUAUUCAAUGUUCAUCAUUACCUAAUAAAUGUCGUACAUGUUAUCGUUAUAAUACAAUAUUUUUUGAUGAAAAUGUUAAUAUACUACCAUCAGAGUCAUUUCGUUACUAUGACUUAUUUGAUUAUGAUAGUACGAAAACAUUUACGAUACAAUUUGCUCAAUUAACUGGUAUAUCCUCAAAUACAUUUUCGAAAAUUGAUAUUGAUCAAGAGCGAACUUUGUCAAUUAAAAUAUCUGAAUAUGCAUCACCAAGAAUACCAACAAGAAUAUUUGAUGAACUAUCAAUGCAACCAAAAUCUAAAAUUGAUAUUGAGAUAUUCAAUGUAACAUCAUCAUUAUUAACAGUAGAACAGUAUGCAUUUGAUGGUAUUAAAUAUAGUUAUGAAAGCGAAUUUCGUUUUUCAAUACUUUGUUUGAAAGAUACACUAGAAUUUCAAUCAAAUGCAGGUUCGAUUUUAUUACCGUCUUAUGCAAAAAUGGAAUACUAUUUUUCAAAUUUUGUUCGAGUUUUAUUAAAUGAACAUAGUUUUGAUCAUAUAACACAAGAACAUUCAAGUAAAUUACGAAUACAUUUUGAUCGUUUUCAAUACGCAAUACUUGAUCAUACAUCUUUUUUUGAUCUUCAUCAACUUGAUCAAUCCCAAUUUUAUUUAACAUUUUCAAAUUUUCAAAAUAUAAAUAUCGAAAAAACUUUAUUCCAUACAAUUACUCAAUUAAAAUCUUCAAUAAUAUUUUCAAUAUAUAAUAUAACAAAUGAUUUAUGUUUACCUGCUGAAACAUUUAGUCAAAUAAAACAAGAUAUAAAUUCAACAUUUCAAUUUGAAAUAAAUUAUGGACAAAAUAUUCUUUUUACACCAAAUACAUUUAUUAAUAUAAGUCAACGUGCACAAUCAAAAUUAUCAAUUAUAAUAACAAAUUCUUUAGAUGUUUAUUUUACUCAUCAAUCAUUAAAUUAUUUCCACCAAGAAGAUCAAUCAUUACUUGAUAUUUGGAUAAAAUAUGGAAAAAAUUUAAUAUUUGAAGAUAAUGCUAUUCAAAAUAUUGAUAUAUGGCGUUCAAGUAUAAUGCGUAUUGGUUUUCAACAUUCAUAUGGAACAUUACAAAUGGCAACAAAUGCUUUUGUUAAUAUUAAUGAAGGUCAAGGUGGUAAAAUAUUAUUUCAAAUAAUGAAUUCAACAGAUUUUUAUUUUCGUUUUAAUCAAUCAAUAACAUUAGAACAUUUAGAAAUUCUUGAUCGAAUAUUAAAUGAUAAUGAUUUAUGUCGAAUUAUUGAUAUACCAGCACAUAUACCAAUUAAACUUUUACCAAAUAAUCUAUGUUCAUGUUCAGUUUUUUAUUUAUAUCGUCGUCUUCGUCAUACACUUAAUCCAUUAAUUUUGAAAGAGAUUACACCAUUAUGUUAUUUUAAUAUGUCUCUUGAUGAAAUAGAACAUGAAGAAAAUAAAUGUUCAUUUAAUAAAGAAAUUCAUAAUUGUCAUCAAAUGCAAGGAGAAAUAAAUAUUUAUAUUCCGAAGGGAAUGUGUCAACAAAAUUCACAAUUAAUUCAUAAUAAGCAUCAUAAUUUAUCGUAUCUAUCUUUAAUAUUCAUUAUUAUAUGUUUUAUAGUUGGUUUAGGAUGUAUUUAUAUACUUUCAGCAUAUAAACGACGAUUAUUAAUAAUAAAUAUUUUCAAUAAAUUUUCUUUUUGUCGUCGUCGUCGUCGUCAUCAAAGAUUACCAAUAUUUACAGCUGAUUCAUAUCAACAAUUAACACAUAUGAAUGAUAAUAGUCCUGAUGAUGAUAUAAAUCAAGAACAAACAUCAAAUAAAAUAAUGAAAAUUAUUGUCAAAUAUAAUUCUACAACAGAACAAACACAACCAUAUAUUCAUAAUAAUCAAUCUGAUUUUAUUUCAUCAAAUAAUAUUGAUGAUCAACUAAAUGAAGAUUUCACACUUACAUUGAAUACAAAUCCAUUAAAUGACAUUGAACAUAAUCAGUAG